GCACCAUGGUGGGACCUGGCGUGGUGGGGGGCUCCAGGGGGCUGCUCUCGGCUCGCCUGGGCUGCUGUGUCCAAGAGGAGGACGUGGGGCGGAGAGAGACCUUCAGUGCCGAGUGGCUGGACCUGGAGCUCAGCUCCCGGCCCGAGGACGGGUGGUGCCGGCGGGAGGUGGACACGCAGCGCCGGGAGACGCUGGAGCAGCGCGGGGCCGUGCGGCUGCUGGAGCAGCGCUCGCCCUGGGGGCUGCUGCGGGUGGGGGUCCUGGGGCAGCCCCUGACCCAGCACCUCCUGCCCUACGCCCGCACCCUCCCCGUGCCCCUCUUCGCCCCCUCAGACCUCCGCGGAGCCAAGGGGGGAAUCCCCCGCACCCUCUCCCGCUCCCUCUCCCACGAGGCCCAGCGGGGCUGAGCGCGGCAGAGGGGCCGGGGGAGGUCGGGGAGGGUGGGUGGGGGGCAGGAGGGUGAUGUUGGGGGGCUGGGGGGACCCACGCGCCUGGGUCGGCUCAGCCGCCCCGAAGAGGCAGCGCAGGAAGGCGGGGGCAGGUGGGGGUGGGCUUCCAUUCACCUGGGACCCACCCCGCUGCGGGCGUCGUGGAGGCCGGUGGGGAUGAGGACCCCGCGGGUCGGGGGUCUCCCGCCCUUCGGGGGGCUCCCGGCAGCUCCGGCGUGACUCAGUUUCCCUGGCGAAAAGAAGGGAAUGCGAGGAUGAGGAACGCUGAAUCCUGCCCGGGGUUGGGGGGCGCCCUGGGGGGU